CCGGGGCUCGCGCUCAGCCCCGCGAGCCCAGGCAGCGCAGCCUAGGGAGGGGGCUGCCCCGGCCCCCUCCCGCAGCCCCGGCCCCCAGAGGCUCGGCCUUCCUCGUAGGAAGGCGAAGUCCCCGAUGCCAGGUCCGGGUACCAGCAGCCGAGAACACCCGGGUCCCGGAGCCAACAGGUUCUUGGUGAAGCACUUGGCACGCAUCGGAGCUCAUUACUCCUCAUCCCGGCCCUGUAAGGAAGUUUGGGGCUGAGCUCCAAAAAGAACUGGGUGCAAGCCUCCAGGCACCCUGAGGGGAGUGGGCUGCGGGCUGGCCCAAGUUCCCUCCUCCCCCUCUGCAGAGCCUAGGAUGCCCCUCCGCCGCAGCAGCUCCUGAGCUCAUGGAGCCCUCAGCCACCCCAGGGGCCCAGAUGCGGGUCCCCACUGGCAGCAGGGAGCCAUCCCCUGUGCCUCCAGACUAUGAAGAUGAGUUUCUCCGCUAUCUGUGGCGCGAUUAUCUGUACCCAAAACAGUACGAGUGGGUCCUCAUCGCAGCCUAUGUGGCUGUGUUCCUCGUGGCCCUGGUGGGCAACACGCUGGUCUGCCUGGCCGUGUGGCGGAACCACCACAUGAGGACAGUCACCAACUACUUCAUCGUCAACCUGUCCCUGGCUGACGUUCUGGUAACUGCCAUCUGCCUGCCGGUCAGCCUGCUGGUGGACAUCACUGAGUCCUGGCUGUUCGGCCAUGCCCUCUGCAAGGUCAUCCCCUAUCUACAGGCCGUGUCCGUGUCAGUGGCAGUGCUGACUCUCAGCUUCAUCGCCCUGGACCGCUGGUAUGCCAUCUGCCACCCACUAUUGUUCAAGAGCACAGCCCGGCGGGCCCGUGGCUCCAUCCUGGGCAUCUGGGCUGUGUCGCUGACUGUCAUGGUGCCCCAGGCUGCAGUCAUGGAAUGCAGCAGUGUGCUGCCCGAGCUAGCCAACCGCACACGGCUCUUCUCGGUCUGUGAUGAACGCUGGGCAGAUGACCUAUAUCCCAAGAUCUACCACAGUUGCUUCUUCAUUGUCACCUACCUGGCCCCACUGGGCCUCAUGGCCAUGGCCUAUUUCCAGAUAUUCCGCAAGCUCUGGGGCCGCCAGAUUCCCGGCACCACCUCAGCACUGGUGCGAAACUGGAAGCGCCCCUCAGACCAGCUGGGGGACCUGGAGCAGGGCCUGAGUGGACAGCCCCAGCCCCGGGCCCGUGCCUUCCUGGCUGAAGUGAAGCAGAUGCGUGCGCGGAGGAAGACAGCCAAGAUGCUGAUGGUGGUGCUGCUGGUCUUUGCCCUCUGCUACCUGCCCAUCAGUGUCCUCAAUGUCCUUAAGAGGGUGUUCGGGAUGUUCCGCCAAGCCAGUGACCGCGAAGCUGUCUACGCCUGCUUCACCUUCUCCCACUGGCUGGUGUACGCCAACAGUGCUGCCAACCCCAUCAUCUACAACUUCCUCAGUGUGAUCCUGCUCUGGGAGGACCCACCCCGAGGAGCCCUGCCCUGAGUGGGAGACGGGCCACACUCCCCACGGUGGCUGGCACCCAGGAUCCAGUUGUGCAGAUUCUGCAGACCAGUGAGUGAGUGGAAGGGCAGGGGCUAGGUCAGUUCACCCCCCACUCCCACCACGGGUGCAGGCACAGCAAGACCUCCAAUCAGCACAGGCAGAGGAGUCCACCCUCCCCAGAGGGAGUCAGACCUGUGGGAGGAGGGCCCUGGAGCCCCUGCCUGAGGAAGGAUUGCACAGUCCAGGUGUCAGGGCUAAAGGAGGGUCACUGGCAGAUAGGCCAGGCCCAGGAAAGGGCUUCCCCCGCUCAGCUAGACACACUGGCAGAGCGACCAGAAUCUCAGGGGUUGUCCCCUCUGGAAGUCUUCCUCCCCUGCCGCUCCCACUCCCACUCCAGGCCUCUCCUCUCUGCUGUCCCAGUGCCCACUCCCUCCCUCUACCUCCCAGUCUCAGGGUGGUAAUGGCCCUGAGGCUGAGCUCAGCAGAAGUGUGACUCAUCAGCCCUCUGACUUUGGGACUAGACUUCUAAAGAACAGGUCCAGAUGACUGUUCGAGCCUGGACAGAAAUAAUCUUUGAGGAACUAUUAAAAGGUUAAAGAAGGGAUCCGGAGUCAAUAGUAUAACCCUCACUGAGACUCAAGAAUUACUCAACAAGGCUGGCUGCGGGUUUCCAGCUCAGAAAAGAGAACAGAAGAUGAGCUCUGUGGGGAGGGGAGGGCAGACAGACUUACUGAUACAUAUGCCUUUGUUUGGCCUAUGUUUACUGAGCACCUACUGUGUGCCUGGCCCUGUGCUGGGCACCAGAGAGGCUGGCAGGCUAAUGACACAUGAUCAAAGGGGCUUCAGCCUGACAAAAUCUGUUUCCGUGGUAUACUUGGGCUGAACAAGGUGGUGUGGCGGUCCCUCCUUCCCUCCUCCCCCUUGAGAAGGGCUUUGGAAUUAGAAUUGGGUUCAGCUUCUGGCUGGGUGGCCUUGGGCAAGCCACGGUACCUAUGUGCAUCUCAUCUGUGAAGUGAGGAUAAAGGACUCCAGUCUUUCAGGAUGCUGGGAUGCUCUGGGGAACAGAGGCUGAGGCGCCCGGCACAGCGUGACUGCCAAAUGCAAAAGGGCUGCUGCCACUGUCAUUUUCAUCAUCAAAGGGCAGAGAGGGCACAAGCCUAGCAACAGAUAGUGACCCCCAUGUACACACCAAGGAGAGCAGAGGUGACCUGAGGCCCCUGAGCCAGACACCACGUUUUGAGCCAGCCUCUGAGCCAGAGCGCAGUCAAGGAAUCAGAUGGCAACUGCGUCUCUCCUUGGGAACCCGCUCCAGGGCCUCUGUCCUCUCUCCCUGGCGGUGCUGAGGUUGCCUCAGGGCUCUCCCUCCCAGCUCUAUCCCUCCCUCCCUCCCCGCCUCCUCACAGGCAGCUUGGCUGGAGCUGCGUGGGUGUCCCUGGGCUCAAGGCCCCUUCCUGCUGCAUCUGUCUCCUUAUGGCUGUGUCUUUUGUCUCCCAACCAAGGCAAAUUCCGGGAGCAGUUUAAGGCUGCCUUCUCCUGCUGCCUGCCUGGCCCGGGUCCCUGCGGCUCUCUGAAGGCCCCUAGUCCCCGCUCCUCUGCCAGCCACAAGUCCUUGUCCUUGCAGAGCCGAUGCUCCGUCUCCAAACUCUCUGAGCAUGUGGUGCUCACCAGCGUCACCACAGUGCUGCCCUGAGCGAGGGCUGCCCUGGAGGCUCCAGCUCGGGGGAUCUGCCCCUACCCCUCAUGGAAAGACAGCUGGAUGUGGUAAAAGGCUGGGGCUUCAGUCCUGGGUUUCUGCCUGUGUGACUCUGGAUAAGUCACUUGCCCUCUCUGAGCUUGUGUCCCCUAAGCAGGGUUGAUGUGAGGAUUAAGCAUGCUGAAGCAAGUGGAAAGCUCCCUGUAAACUGUGAAGUGUUGUGGACACGAUUAUUGUUGUACUUCUCUCAUUUGGCCAUACCCCACAGUAUAAUCUGUCCCCAUCAUCCUUCCAGAGCUUGGCCAUCCUCCUAAAGACCGCUUUCCUACCCAAUUACCGGCCUUCCCUAGAGUCUGCCCUAAAGGUCCCAACAGGCAUUUCCAUCUGGUUCCGUGGCUCCCUGAAGCCCAGGGCUGCGCUUGGCCAGCUCUUCUGAUGCCUGUGUGAACUAAUCUGGGCCCAGCCUUUCUCCAGUGGGCCACGAGCGCAGCCCCACCCUAACCAGGUGCCAAGGGCACACACCACAGACCUGACCUUGUUGGCUUUGUGGUGUGAUAAAACACUCUCCAUGGCCACUUGGCACAGAGGCCAACAGCCCGAAGCAACUGUAAUUAAAGCCUGGCACUGAAUGUUCCCUUUCCUUGUCAUUGCACAAAAUCUGUGCUGCUGAGGUUAGGAGCAGAAGAAGGUGGGGAAGCUAGGGGGAGGGAAGACAAGAAGGCACUAGAAUGCUCUUAUCUGCUGACCUCCCACCCCCACCACACGGGAUCCAAGAUGGACUCAGCCAGGCCUCGGCACACGUGGUGCUGCCUCCUCAUGCGGUGCCAAUCCUGUGACGCCAGAACCUCGCCCCUCGACACAACUGUCUGCUCACAGGCCCAAUGGCCUGGGGAAGGAUAGAAAGAGAAAGCCACAGACUUGGCCAGACAUGCUCCGUCUGCCACCGAGAUGAUUUUAAGGCUGCCAAAGGCUCUGAGCCUUGUUGCCAGAGCAGGACGUGGAGUGCAGUCUGAAGUGCUACUCUGCUGAGAGGAACAAGGACAUCUGGCAGGGGCCAGCUCUGCUAUGCACACCACCAGGUCUGCUUAACUUGAUUAAUGGAGCUGUGGGCUCCCUCUGACCUCAACCGUCAAGAAGGUGGGCAGAGCCUUGGUGCUGCCAGGGGCCCGGCCCAGGAGUGUUGAAGCACUGCUCAUCCUAGGCACCCCGCUUUACCCAGAGCAGGUGGAAUGUGUGGCCUAAGUAUGCCACCUCCUCUCCACACGACUUACCAGCCCAGCUCUCUGUGGACGGCGCAGAGCUCCAGCUGCUGCCACGAUGGGUUCUCCUGCCCAUUCCACACUCCCACUGGGCCAUAGGAUCCAAAGCGGUUGGCACAGUGCGUAGGCAGGCUUGGAGGUGAGUGUGCAGGAUGAGGUGUGACAGCUGGCCCCCAAGCUCAGAACCAACCAACCAUGCUCAUAAGAUCAAUCCAGGUCUUGGGCUCCUCAGCCUCAGCUGAGCACAAAGGUGAGAAACUACAAUUGGCACCAUCGGGUUUCAGCAGACACUUGGUUCAGUGGGAACAAAGAAACAACAGGCGCUGCUCCUAAUGGCUGCAGUUCUACUCCACGCUCUGCUGGCUGAACCCAGCACCAUGGGGGGCCUCAGCCCUCCACUCUGGGGGACUCAGAUAAACUGAAGAAAAUUCAGGGGAGGUGAACAGGAUGCCGAGGGGAGAGAUGCUCAGCGAGGGACUGCUCAAGAGCCCAGGGCUAUCUGGCCUAGGGAAGGGAGGACUUGGGGAAAAUGUGGUAUAUAGGGCAGGCUCCACUAUGUAGAGGGUUGGCAUGCAGAAAGGGUGAUGUAUGUCCUGAGUGGCCCACAGAGAAAACCACAGCCAAUGGUGGUGUCUUCAAGAUGGCAGGAUUUAGAAUCCACACCAGGAAGAUGUUCUGCCAGUCAUGGAGGAAAUGGGCUGCCUGGAAAGGCACUGGGUUCUUUGCCUUUGGCGAAGCAGAGGCCAGACUCACAUGGGGCCUAUGAAGGGAAUUAUAGCUCUGGAUAGGGGCUGGCCUCUGGGAACCGGAUUUCAUCUAAUGCUGGGAUUCUAGCACUACAGCAGCCCAGAGGAGAAUGCAGCUGACCUGGCUAAGCCCGACACACUGCUGGGCCUCACUGACCUGCAAAACAGUCAUAGUUACUUCCAACUACCCACUGCAGGGAGGAGAGCCCUGCACAGGGCCUCAGAGCUCUUUAUCUCAAAAAGCCAAAAGAUAAUCACCAUUACCCAGAAUAAAGCCCCCUGGCAAACUAGAA